CCUGAAUAUGCAUUGGAAGGACUGAUGCUGAAGCUGAAACUCCAAUACUUUGGCCACCUGAUGCGAAGAACUGAGUCAGUUCUCCAUCCUCCAUGCCCUUGUCUAGGGCAUGUGGUCAUGCCCCGGACAAGGCUCCCGCACUCCCCACCCCCGCAGCCAGUGGUUCACAGCUGUCUUCAAAGACUCUGAUGCUGGGAAAGAUUGAGGGCAGGAGGAGAAGGGGACGACAGAGGAUGAGAUGGUUGGGUGGCAUCACUGACUCGAUGGACGUGAGUCUGAGUGAACUCCGGGAGUUGGUGAUGGACAGGGAGGCCUGGUGUGCUGCCAUUCAUGGGCUCGCAGAGUCGGACACGACUGAGCGACUGAACUGAAUGGCACAUGGGUAACAGUGAUGCCGCCAGUCCGGACACCACACCGUGAGCAGCCCUACUCAGGAGUGUGGUGCGAGGCGGCCAGGCGAGGACAAGAGGAUGUGGAAGAUGCUGAACAAGAACAGCUGUGUGGCUUUCUACCCAGCCUCGUGGAGCAGGUGCACCCAGGUGUCUGGGGUCUGGAGGGCGAGAUGGGAAUCAGCUUUUGAGUGAUGGACAACAGGCAGCAGGGGUCCCUGCUGACUUUGAGGGAAGUGUUGGGUGACUUGAUUGUGCUAUUUGAUACUCCAUCCUUCAAGGUCUAGUUUUGCCAUGAGAAUCCCCCUAAAAGCUGUUUGCUUUGGUCCCAAGCUGAGCUGUGGUCAUGCCCUGGACAAGGCUCCCCCUCUCCCCACCCCCGCAGCCAGUGGUUCACGGCUGUCUUCACAGACGUACUUCCCACCCUGGAAGGAGAUUAUUGGAUUAUUCAUGCAUCUCUCUGAUUAGCCUCUCAGUUCCCCGAGAGCAGGGCCCUGAGACAGCCUCUUACUCGUCUCAGCCCCGGCACCUGCCGUGGAGCCAGGCUGCAGGCGGGCCUCAUUAAACGCCUGCGAGGUCAUCAGCAGCCGAGCGCAGAGUGUUCACGCAGGAGGAACAAAGCCCUCUGACCCAAAGAACCGGAGAACCAAGCCCCUGUGCGAGGGGCCCGGGAGAUCAAGCGUUGGUGUCAGGGAGAAGGUGGGAGAACGUGGCGUCAGGAGCCGGCAGGACCUCAACUGAAAAUGCGGGGACCGCUUUAGCAGCUAAGACAGGGACACGGGAAGGAUGAGCGCCGGGGGCGUGGGUUUGGGCAUCAGCUGUGAGAAUUGGGCUCUUGAGUUUUCUGGAGCGCUGGAGGCUUCAACGGUGAGGAUGGGAAUUUCAGCCAAGAAACAGCUGUUUGGUCUGGGAUCCCAGAAGCGGACCUGCUUUUCUGCUUCCUGCAGGGGAGGGCAAGAUUUCUGCAGAUCAAGAAUUGAGAAAUGUCUCUCCAGCCACCGGUGUGCCAUUAGCUGCACUAAUUUCCCGUCCUCACUCGUGGUGCCCAAGUGUUCCAGCUGCUCCUCGCUGUGGCCAGCCCUUGGUUUUGUCCGAUUCCCUGGCAGCCGUUCUGGUUAUUCAGCGAUAGUUAUGACCUCCCGGUUACGUGCGUUGGGUGGAAGAAUUAAUAACAUACGCACCUCAGAAUUACCCAAAGAAAAAACUCGAUCAGAAGUCAUCUGUAGCGUCCGCUUUUUAGAUGGCUUGGUACAGACCUUUAAAGUUAACAAACAAGAUACCGGUCAAGUUCUCCUGGACAUGGCUUACAACCACUUGGGUGUGACUGAGAAGGAGUAUUUCGGUUUACAGCAUGGUGAUGACUCGCUGGACUCUCCUAGAUGGCUUGAAGCAAGCAAACCCAUCAGGAAGCAGUUAAAAGGAGGUUUCCCCUGUACCCUGCAUUUUCGAGUAAGAUUUUUUAUACCUGAUCCCAACACACUGCAGCAAGAACAAACCAGGCAUUUGUAUUUCUUACAACUGAAGAUGGAUAUUUGUGAAGGAAGGUUAACCUGCCCUCUUAACUCAGCUGUGGUUCUAGCAUCCUAUGCAGUACAAUCUCAUUUUGGAGACUACGAUUCUUCCGUUCAUCUUCCGGGCUAUCUCUCUGAUAGUCAGUUCAUACCGGAUCAGAACGAGGACUUCUUAGCAAAGGUGGAGUCGCUACAUGAGCAGCACAGUGGGCUAAAGCAAUCAGAAGCAGAAUCUUGCUUUAUCAACAUAGCUCGGACCCUCGACUUCUAUGGAGUGGAGCUGCACAGUGGUAGGGAUCUGCACAAUUUAGAUCUAAUGAUUGGAAUUGCUUCUGCGGGCAUCGCUGUGUACCGAAAAUAUAUUUGCACAAGUUUCUAUCCUUGGGUGAACAUUCUAAAAAUUUCUUUCAAAAGGAAAAAAUUCUUUAUACAUCAGCGACAAAAACAGACGGAAUCCAGGGAGCAUAUAGUGGCCUUCAACAUGUUAAAUUACCGAUCUUGCAAAAACUUGUGGAAGUCCUGUGUCGAGCACCAUACAUUCUUCCAGGCAAAGAAGCUGCUACCUCAGGAAAAGAAUGUUCUGUCUCAAUACUGGUCUCUGGGCUCCAGGAACCCCAAAAAGUCUGUAAAUAACCAGUAUUGCAAAAAGGUGAUUGGAGGGAUGGUGUGGAACCCAGCCAUGCAGAGAUCUUUAUCGGUGGAACAUUUAGAAACCAAGAGUCUACCGUCCCGGUCUCCUCCUAUUACUCCCAACUGGCGAAGUCCUCGGCUCCGGCACGAGAUCCGAAAGCCACGGCACUCUUCUGCAGACAACCUUGCCAACGAGAUGACAUACAUCACUGAGACGGAAGAUGUGUUCUAUACCUACAAGGGCUCCCUGUCCCCUAAAGACAGUGAUUCCGAGGUCUCUCAGAACCGAAGCCCGCACCGAGAAGAAAUGAACUCUGUCCUGGCUUUUGUUUCCGAUGCCUACUGCGUUUACGGUUCUGAAGCAUCGGCUUCUGAGGGCGAGCACCCGUUUGUCUGCCGGAGUAUAUCCGAGAACAGCCCAGCACAAAGCUGCCUGACCCAGAAGUCAUCCAGUUCUGUGUCUCCAUCUUCAAAUGCUCCAGGCUCCUGCUCCCCAGAUGGCGUCGACCAGCAGUUCCUAGAGGACUUCCACAGGGUGACCAAAGGGGGCUCUGCCGAGGACUCCAGCCAGUACUACUGUGACAAGAACGAUGGUGAUGGCUACUUAGUCUUGAUCCGCAUCACACCGGAUGAAGAUGGGAAAUUUGGAUUUAAUCUAAAGGGAGGAGUAGAUCAAAAGAUGCCUCUCGUGGUGUCAAGGAUAAACCCAGAGUCACCCGCAGACACCUGCAUUCCUAAGCUGAACGAAGGGGAUCAAAUCGUGCUAAUCAACGGCCGGGACAUCUCAGAACACACCCAUGACCAAGUGGUGAUGUUCAUCAAAGCCAGCCGGGAGUCGCACACGCGGGAGCUGGCCCUGGUGAUCAGGAGGAAAGCCGUCCAUUCGUUUGCCGAUAUCAAAUCUGAAGAUGAACUGAACCAGCUCUUCCCAGAGGCCAUCUUCCCCGUGUGUCCGGAGGGGGGGGACACGCUGGAGGGGUCCAUGGAGCAGCUAAAGAAGGGCCUCGAAAGCGGGACGGUGCUGAUCCAGUUUGAGCAACUCUAUAGAAAGAAGCCCGGUUUGGCCAUCACGUUUGCAAAGCUGCCUCAAAAUCUAGACAAAAACCGAUAUAAAGAUGUACUGCCUUAUGACACCACCCGGGUAUUGUUGCAGGGAAACGAAGAUUACAUUAAUGCGAGUUACGUGAACAUGGAAAUUCCUGCUGCUCACCUUGUGAACAAGUACAUUGCCGCUCAGGGACCCCUGCCACAUACCUGUGCGCAGUUCUGGCAAGUGGUCUGGGACCAGAAGUUAUCACUCAUCGUCAUGUUGACGACUCUCACCGAGCGAGGCCGGACCAAAUGUCACCAGUACUGGCCCGAUCCCCCCGACGUCAUGGAACACGGCAGCUUUCACAUCCGCUGUCAGUCAGAGGACUGCACCAUCGCGUACGUGUUCCGGGAAAUGCUGGUCACCAACACCGAGACCAGGGAGGAACACACAGUGACCCAUCUCCAGUACGUGGCCUGGCCAGACCACGGCGUCCCUGAUGACUCCUCAGACUUUCUGGAAUUUGUGAACUACGUGCGGUCCCUGAGAGUGGACGGUGAGCCUGUCCUGGUUCACUGCAGUGCUGGGAUAGGUCGAACAGGUGUGUUGGUCACCAUGGAAACAGCCAUGUGCAUGAUCGAGAGGAACCUGCCCGUUUACCCACUGGAUAUUGUUCGGAAAAUGCGAGACCAGCGCGCCAUGAUGGUGCAGACAUCAAGCCAGUACAAGUUUGUGUGUGAAGCAAUUCUUCGCGUUUAUGAAGAAGGCUUAGUCCAGAUGCUGGACCCCAGUUAAGACUGCUGUGAAGACGUUCAUUCCUCUUUCCCCGGGGCAUCCUCCUUCUCUCUGGAGGCGGCAAGAGGAACCUGUAGGCUGUGGGAAAGGACUGAGCACAUUUGACCCAGGCACUUUAAAUUUCUAUUAAAAAAAAAGGUAUCGUGUACAUAAGAACUGUGUAGAUAACGCAUGCGGUUAUAGCAUCAUGCAGGCCCGCGCCUGCUCUGGAGAGAACUAAGCGGAAGGGGAGCUCAGUCUGGGGCCUGUCCUAAUGCCUUCCUCUCUCUCCAUCUCCAUAUUCCUGUAAACCAUCCUUGGGCAGUUGGGAGAGGACACCAGCCAUGCUGUGGGCCUCCCAGAAGCGAGAUGGUGUGGCUGUUCAGAGUUACUUGGAUGCGUUGUGUGUCUAGGACUAAGAGCUGAGCUUUCCGUGGGUCUGGGCGGAGCUGAAACAGUGUUCACCAGCCCCAGUGAUGCUCGGGGGACCCCAUGAAAGUACUGAGUGGCAGGGGAUGGGGUGCCAGGCAGAGGACGAGCAGUGCCUUUGUACCCUUGUGCCCUCCCUUCCUUUGUCCAGUCUCCCUGCCACGUCUGCCAUUGGCGUUUCUGAGAAUCGUGUCCACGUGCCCUGCCUCCUCCCUGCAUUAGUGACCCUCCUCAGGUUCCCACCAGUGCCUGAACCGGACGAGCAGUGCAGGUUUCAGGUGAGUCUUCAGCUGAGAGCCUGAGAGUGAGGACUCCCGGUGUCGCCCCGCGUGUUAGCUUUCGGAGCAGGCGCCUCUUGUGCCCGCCUCCCUCCUGCUGCACACCCAGCGCCCAGGACUGGAAUCAUCCACUACUGAAUCUAAUACAUGGAUUGCUGCUACUUCGAGCUAUUACACUUGAACCAUUACGAUUUUCCUGAGGGGAGAUGGGAUGUCAUCUAAGUAUUCAGAAUCUUUGGCCCUUCUGAGGAAAGAUCUAGACGUUGAACCAUGGGAAACCCAGCUUCGAGAGGGUUGCCUAUGGAUGUGUAUGUGUGUGUUGUGUUGUGUGUGUGUGCCCACAGGUGAGUGUCUCUCAGGAUUCCUAACUUGAUUCAAAUUACAGUUGAGUUUAUAUAAAUGAGUCUCUGUAUAGAAGAACAAACGUGUGCAUUCACUCUUAGUCACAAUGGUCUCCGUUUCAUUUCAAAGGAGAGGAUCAGACUAUCUGAAUAUAAACACAAUUUGAUGUUAAUUUAUUCUAAGUACACCAAGAUUUUGAUUGUCCUAAGGAAUUCUGCCUUUGUUAAUACUGUGUUAAUUUUUUUUUUUUAAUUUGUGCCAGGAUUGUAGCAAAUUAUUAUUUAAGGAAAAUAAAUUACGUGAAAAUUCGAA